AAAGACUGGUCAAAAAUGACAAAUUUAAAAUCUUACCUGCCCAUCAAUUCCAUUACGUUAAAGAAACCAAAGGCACGGCCGAAGCUAACGCCCACUUAGCCUUUCCGGAAUUACUGCAGGAAUUAACUGGUUUUAGUGGCGAACUGGUAAAAAGCCAAAAGUUUUGGCAUUAUGAUACUUUACGAGGGGCUAAUGAUAGUUAUGUAGAACCAUUAGUAACAGAAUUAUGUCAACAAAUUCAACAAACUAAUGAACCUAAUUUAAGUGAAUAUUUAAUCAAAAGACAUGAUAUUCGGCAAGGGAAUGGUUAUGAUUGUGGAGUUGCCGUGAUAACCAUCACUAAGAGGAUUAUUGAGUUAACAACUAAGCAGAGUUGA